AUUAUUGUUUUUUUGUGUUUUUAAAGACCCACUGCUUUUGAUAAUGCUUCACGAUAGAUUAAAAAGAAAAUAGAAAUAAAAUGUACUUUAUCGUUUCAACUCUCCAAACAUUAUCGCACAUUAUCACUGUGUACGCGUAGGUAUCCAUUGGAAUUCAUUGUAUCCACCGAUAUGUACAAUAAAAAUUAAUUAACAAUAAAUCGCCGACUUCACCACUGGAGACUGAAUCACCCGACCACCAUUAAAGUAUUAUGAGGUAGAGCAUUCACCCCUAUUGGAAUCUAUAUUCGUAAUAAAUGGUCGGCGCCACUGGUUUGACGAAGCGAGAAAACGCAGAAUAAUGAAAGAGCCACAGCAGUCGGUUAUUUAUUUUUCUCACGGAGCCGAUGGCACUACGUUUCGCUCUUAAAAACACCCAUAUUCUUUUGUAACACCCCAUUCGAUAUUUAAAUGCAUCAACCAGGUAAACCAGGUGAUAUUAUGGAGUCAACUUUUGAUAAUUCGACUUCUGUUCAAUAUGCCGAUCCGAUUAAGAAUUUAGGGAACAAAGCGAUGAGCAGUGUAAGAGAUGUGGAUCCACACAAUGAAAUAAUACUUUUAAGCAUGCAGACUAAAAACAAUGAAUUCAUUUUGGCACCACAUAAGGAUUUCACAAUGCUCGUAAUUCAAGAUCGAAAAAAGUAAUAGUCUUAAAAAUAAAGAAAACUUAUUAACACAAUUUUUUUGUUUUA